GCAAGUUCCCGAUAGUGCCGCCGCGAGCGGUACAUGCGUUCUGUACUGUUCUGUGCGUUCGCGAGAAUCGCUGGUGUUAUAUUCACGUAGUGCAACAUCGUCGAGAUGUCGAUUCCUUUCGCCGGUGGUCUCCCCCGCCAUAGCGGGGUGGUGGCUGCGAUCGCAAAGCAGCUGAAGCGCGUUUCUCUGAAACCCGUCAACAAGAUCGACGUACGUUUCGAUCCGUUCGACAAGAGGACCAAGCCGACGAGAGACUUUCUGUUUUAUAUGAGCGCUCCGAAAAUUCGUGCGACGAAUGGGCUAUGCUCGCUGAAAACGGAGAUCGUGUGCGACCGUUCCGAGCCAACCAUCACGCUUAGUCUUCAGUCAGGUGAAAAAGUGGUUUUAAAAACUGCCCUUUUAACGAGUCUGAACAUUUUGGAGCUUUACAACAAGCACAUCACUAGCUUGAUACCGCCCGAUCCGGCCAAGCUUGAAGCUAAAAAAGAGCUCCUGGAAGAGAAGAGAAAAAAGAAAACGCGACCGCAUCAUAGAAUUAAAUUAUGGAGCAAGCGUAGAGGAGUAUUUCUCUAAUAAAACUAAAUAUCUUUUUUAAUACGUAGCUGUGAUUUUUAUUCUAUUUUUCGACAUCUUGCAAAAAUACAAUUUAUAUAAUUAUAAUUAUCAAUCCGGAAACGUGUGGUCUAUCUUCUAUUUUGGAUUAUAUUUAAUAUCCGUUUUUAAUUUUGUAGAGAUAAAGUCUACAUAGAUAUCAAUAAUGAUUAUAGUUUAUAUUCUUGCAAGUUUUUUCUUUUCCUAAACAUUGAAAGGCUCUAGAUUUGUAUUAAUCUAAAAAUUUAAUUUCGUGCAAUCAAAUAUAUAAGCGAUAAAUUAAUUAUACAAAAGAGAAACGCCAGUCUUACUAAUUUAAAAUGUACGAGGACGAUAGCAAAAUGACGAAUGACAUAAGUAGUAGUAAUACUAAGAAAGAUUACAAUUUAAAACUUAUUGACACGCUCUACAGUCAAGUUCCAGCCUUUACCGAUGUGUUUGACGAAGAAACUUGGUAUAUUUUCGUCAUUUGUUUUAUAGCAGGUACUGUUUUGGUGGCAUUUAUUCUUUCAAGAUUUAUAACUAUAAAACCUGUUGAAUGAGAUAUUGUACGUAGCAAAUUCAUUUCACAAGAUGUUUUGUAUGUUUGUCAUAGUACAUUACAUUUGAUGUCAUUAAUUUCUUUUACACUCAUCACAACCAUGUAAACUUUUUCGAUAUAAAUCUCAUGCAAUGAGUGAUAAAAUACGCUAAUUGCUAUUGUAAGAUGAAAUAUACGAUUUCGUAAAAAUGUUCACAAACUAUUUGUGCUGAUAAUAAAAUGCUAU